CACACUUCCUGAAAAGCACAGUCCACGUUAGCAACUCAUUUGCCACCUCUGAAAGCCAGUCAUGGACAUCGUUAACCCCCUGAAAUCUGUCCUGUCCACUGCUGUUGGGAUCUACAAACUAGUAGAGAAAGCGAAGGCCAAUAAAAAGCAAUGUCACCGUGUUGGGGAGCGAGUAAAAGCCUUGGAGAGGGUGGUUAAUUCAAUCGACUCCACAGAAGCAGCCCAGCUCUCUGCAGAGGUGACAAAAACCCUCGAGGAAUUGUCUACCAUCCUCAACUCAGCUUUUGGACUAAUUGAGAAAUUCACUUCAUCAAACUGGAUGUCACGUUUAUAUAAGACCAGCAGCGAUGCAGGGGACUUCCAAAUGGUAAAUGAUCGCCUCAGUGACAGUUUCCAAAACCUGACUAUAGCUCUGCAACUAAAGCAAGGAAGUGAAAUGACCGAGCUGCUAAAGAGGGCCUUCAUAAGGGAGGAAGACGAAAAGGACCGGAAGGAAGAUGAAAAAGAAUUAAACAGAAUGCUCGUGGAAUACAUGGAAUAUGUGGAGACCAUGCGAGCAGAUCUAGAAGAUGUCAAAAACAAUGUCGCUCACGUCGUGGAGAUGUUGAAGAAGCCAAAAAUCAUUACCAUGGACAUCCGAGUAAUUAAACAAGAUGAACUCUGUAUUCCAAAGUUGGACGAAUUGAACAACCUGACAGACCAAGCCCCACAGGUCUACAGAGGAACAUUCAAGGACUUCACAGUGGCCGCCAAGAUAUUCACCAAUUUGAACACCACUGCAAAGAAGAUAAAGUCUGAGUUCAAAAAUGAAGUUGAAACCAUGAAAAGGUUCGAGUCUCCUAACAUCUUGCGAAUGUUUGGCAUCUGCAUCCUGGAUGAGGACACUCCUAAAACUAAGUACCUCAUCAUUAUGGAGUACUGUGAGAAAGGAAGUCUCCGAGACGUUCUGAGCUCUGAACGUGACCUGUCCUGGACCAGGAAAGUUAGCAUGUGCCGGGAUGCAGCGCAGGGUCUUUAUCGACUGCAUCAGACGGAGCAGAAAAGUAAGCUUCACACCGACAUCACCAGCAAAAAGUUCUUUGUGGAUGAGAACUACAGAGUCAAGCUGGGCGGUUUGGAACUGGCUCAAACUGAGACGUCACUGAGAAAUGCAACGGUCAAUAAGCGUAAGGACAAAGACAUCAGUUCUCUGUGCUAUUCCUCCCCCCAGAUGCUAAAAUGGGGCAUGAAACACUACUGCAAAAAGUGUGAGAUAUACAGCUUGGGAAUCAUAAUAUGGGAAAUUGCAACUCAGAAGAAGCCAUUUUCAGAUUAUAAUGGUAAUACGGACACCCUUCAUGUAAAAGUGGUUGAAGAGGGUUAUCAAGAACCCGUUCCCCGUCAAUGCCCCGAAUCCCUGAAAGAGCUGAUCGAUGAAUGUAGAGGCUAUGAAUGCAUCCAAAGGCCAUCUGCUGGAGUGUUGGUGGAUAAACUUCGAUGCUUGUUGGUAAAGUUAGAGCAGCAGUGAAGCUCCUCUGAAGUCUUCAUCCAGGUCCAAUCAUCUUCAGUGGAGGAAUCAAAACUCCACAAGUUUUCUGCAACAUACUAAUAAUACUCACUGCUUAAGACAGAUUUAAGGGUUUUUUAAUUCAUUUUAAGGAUAUUUUUUAUACAACUCAUAUUUCCUAAUUAGAAUCAACCUAUUCUAUUUUGAAUAACUAAGUUCUGUAUUCCUAAUAACCUCAUUAAUGUUGAAAUGCCACCUUAAGAAAUGUAUUAAUUGGUUUACAUACAUUUGAACUAAAACUUGCAUGUAUCUUGUAUUUUCAUCAACAUGUAUGGUUAUUGUUGAUGCAGUCCUUCUUGUUGCUUUGAACUUUCUUUUGUGACAUGUAAUAAGUGCCUUAAAACCACUUUAGGUGCCUUAAAGCUUUCUAGAAAGCAUUUGAACACAGAUUAAAGAAAAUCCCACCAAUGAGAUUAUGAAAUUUACAAAAGAGUUUUGAGUAAAAAUACACAGAAACAUCAAGUGGAACAUAUGGAGCAGCAAACAUAUUGAGACGUCAAUUAAUUUGUCAGGAGAAGUAAAAAAGCAUUUCACCCUCUGUUUUAAUGGUAUAAAGCUGGAGUGCCAAUUUGAAAUCUGCUUUUGGAAAAGUUUAAUGAGGUCCUAAAAUUUCCAUGACUGGUUUACUUGUAGAAAUUCUCAUACAGAAAAAAUAAGUGUAAAUGUAACUAGACUGCAUCCUAAAUGACUCCAAUCAAAAAUGUGAGCUCUAGUUAGCUUCCUGUACUUGCUUAAUUUUUUUAAUACCGUGUCGGCACUUCAAAUGUCCUUUAACAUGCUGUUGAGAUUCUCUUGAUCGUUUUUCCUCUUUUGGUCAAAUUUUAGUUUGAUUUUCUUUGUUGUCUGUGCAUUUAUUUGUGGUUUGAUAAUUGGAUCUCAGGUGGAUCAGCUGCUAUUCUGUGACAUGCAUCCCAGGGUUAAUUGGUCAAUCUGAAAAUAGCCCUUAUUUGCGUUUAGCUGCUGUUGCUGUUUCCACCUAAGUCUUGGGUUGGCAUGCUUCGUCAAUUCAUUUUUUUCUUGGAGUUUCCAUGUUCUCCCUAUGAAGGUGCUGGUUUUCUCCAGGGACACCAGUGGUCUCCAAAACACACGUUAGGUUGAUUAGAGAAUGGCAACAUUGGAUUGGGCCUCCUGUGAGGAAGGAGUCCUAACAAUGUAGUCCUUUGGCAGCAAUUAAAGCUACCAAUUAACAAGGUUUUCCUGAGUAUUCAGUGCUACUAUAGACACAAAAUUAUAGAUACUGAAACACUUCAUCUGAAGCUGUGCUUCGAUUUUCUGGCAAAUCCCUUUUCUUCAUCCGCUGUGGAGGCGAGUACAAUCAUUAAUUGGACUCUGCAUGCAAGGUGCCUUUACGUAACGGUGUGUCAGAAAUGGAGAAGAGCUCUGGCAGAUUCGGAUCUGAAGAUGAGGAGGCACAGCUCAGGCUGCAACAUAAAUACAUUACGCAUUAAAAGAGCUCAAGCCAGACACUUUGCCACCCAUCUCCUCUUUAUCAGUCAAUCAUUUUGUGCGAGAGGUGACAGUUUGGUGUAUCAACAACUUCUGUGCGCAGACAUGAGUAACAGCCUUCAACUGACCCGUGAAGCCAGACUGAAAAGGAAGUUCCUCAGUUUCAAAGCUGCGAGGAAAAGUUUGUUUCGUGCUAAAUAUUUCAUGCGUGCUCAGUUUGUAGGGCAGUCAGUUCAUGCUUACCAGCGUGAUGUGAGGGGAUUUGGAAUUAGGAAGCACACUAUAAAUACAUGAGAGCAAAGGUCUUUCAGAACAAAAAGCUACAGAUUGAAUACAGCACCCAAGUAGUUUGGUAAACACGCUGUUUAGUCAGAGAUAUUCUGUGAAGUCUGUGAAGGCAGUUUAUACUGAGUUCAGUCAUUCACUGCAGUGACGCUUUGCAAGUUAUAUAUGUGCACACUUUUCACUGCAUUGUGUUAUAUUUGCUGUUUUCACACUAAUAAAUCCUAAAUUUGUCCCCA